ACACAAUGAGGGGAAUCCGUGUGACGAGCUUGAGUGACUGCUGUCAGAAGAUGGCGUGGUGACUGAAGGGGUAAGUGGCUCACUGGUGGUUUCCUGUCCCACUUGGAGAUCUCUAAGGCCUUGCCGUCUGUCCGGCUCAUGCCCUAACAAGAUUAGGGGAUUAAUGUAACGCUGCCAGUGCAUCUGUAUGGCCUUUCCAGACGGCUUUACCUUAUGGGCUAGAUUAAGGCCAGUAGUGCUGCGCCACCCUCCAACAACACCGGCCGCUGCCAAGCGAUCUAAGGAAACAGACAGAUUAGACGUCCUCCAGCCUUCCUCCUUGUUGUGGUUAGUUAGCUAACCGCUAGUUAGCUGCAGGACUGGACCUGUGUUGGGGGAAGAGGGCCAACGGUCUGAAAUUAGUGCAUCCGAAUAGCUCCUCUCAAAGAGACACAAACGCUCGCUAAAAGCUCAAGGGCGCUCUGAAGAUGGAUCUCCAAGACGACCUGAUGGUGAACGUGUCUGUGUACCGCGUGUCGGACGAGGGAGAAACUGCCAUAGGAGUCUAUCUGCUGAUACUGGGAUGGCUGUCUUGGCUUGGCAAUGGAGUGGUGAUUUUGCUGUUGACCAGGCGGUUACACACACUGCAAGCCCAGGACUGUCUCACUAUGAACCUGGCCAUAUCUGAUGCUGGGAUUGCUAUGUUUGGAUAUUCCCGUGGUAUCCUAGAAGUCUUCAACGUCUUCAGGGAUGAUGGGUACCUAUUUCAGACCUUCUGGACCUGCCAGGUGGACGGCUUCCUAAUCCUGCUCUUCGGCCUCAUCAGCAUCAACACGCUGACAGCCAUCAGUGUCGUCCGCUACAUCAAAGGAUGCCAGCCUCACCACGCCCAUCACCUCAGCAGGCGCAACAUCUUCGUCGUGAUCAGCGUCAUCUGGCUCAGCGCCCUCUUCUGGUCAGGAGCUCCACUGCUGGGGUGGGGUAGCUACAAAGCACGCAGGUAUGGCACCUGUGAGAUCGACUGGGCCCAGGCCAGGUUCUCAGUGGCCUACAGGCUCUACGUCAUCCUCAUCUUCCUGUUCAACUUCUUCCUGCCCGUGUCCAUCAUCGUGUUCACCUACGUGUCCAUCAUGCGUACGGUCAGCGCCAGCCACAAGAGCAGCCGGGGCGGGGAGGUCAGCGAGAGGCAGAGGAAGAUCGAGAGAGCCAUAACACAGGUGUCUCUGCUGCUGUGCGCGGCCUUCCUGCUGGCCUGGUCCCCGUACGCCGUCAUGUCCAUGUGGUCGGCGCUGGGCUACCACGUGCCUCCGCUCAACGGGCUCCUGGCCAGCCUCUUCGCCAAGUCGGCCAGCUUCUACAACCCCUUCAUCUACAUCGGCCUCAGCUCCAAGUUCCGCAGCGACCUGCGCGAGCUCUUCCCCUGCCUGCGGCGGCGGCGGCCCCUGCCGCAGAUGCGCUCCCCCACCCCGCCGACGGGCCGAGAGGCCGGGGCCCGCCGCCACCCGCUGGGCCUGGCUCCGGACGAGGUGCAGAUCAACCUGGACCGCUUCAAGGAGCCCCUCCUCGGGGACAAGCCCCAUGGUGGAGGGUGGGAUUCUGGGGUGGAGAUGGGGUGCAGCUCGAACGGCAACAGCAAGCCCCUGGAGAGGGAGGCGGGGGUAAGGGGAAAGAGGGGUGAGGAAGAGGAGGAGGAGGUGGGAAACCGUCAGACAGACUGCUCCCGUAACCCCCUGGUGGGCUCCAGUGCCCCCGCCCUGCACAGCUUCAAACGGCGAUCAAGCAACACUGGGCGCCUAUGAAGACAGUAGAUACACACAGCGCAACAUCCCACAACACUGGGCGCCUAUGAGGACAGUAAAUACACACAGUGUAACAUCCCACAACACCUCCGAAUGCUCUACAUCACACCAUCUCACACACUGCAGAACAACUCCCACAAAGCACUGUUAUAAACCCUAAAUAGUGCUGUUAUAAUAUGUGUCAUAAGGGUUGAAUGCACUACAAAUCACUAGUGUUAUAAUCAUCAUAAAACACUCAUAAGAUAAUUUAGAGUCACCACGUUUUCUUGGUUGGAUUUUUUUUUACCUUCAGUAUUUUCUCAUUUGUAAAGCUGCUGAUCGGUGAUGUCUUAUGUAAAAAGCUGCUGAUCGGUGAUGUCUUGUGUAAAAAGCUGCUGAUUGGUGAUGUCUUAUGUAAAAAGCUGCUGAUCGGUGAUGUUUUAUGUAAAAAGCUGCUGAUCAGUGAUGUCUUAUGUAAAAAGCUGCUGAUCGGUGAUGUCUUAUGUAAAAAGCUGCUGAUCGGUGAUGUUUUAUGUAAAAAGCUGCUGAUUGGUGAUGUCUUAUGUAAAAAGCUUUGUACAAAAGAAGCUGUUUGUCUGCAGAAGCAGGUUACUGCAUUGUGAUUGUAAUAAAGUGUUUUUCCCUUCCUCUUUUAUUAGUAGUACCAUCAUCUGUGUAAGAAAACUCCUGCCCCAGUCAUGGUCAUGCAUGUUUUUAUGAGUAAUCAGUGCAUUUCUGAGCGCUCAGUCAGUGAGCACCAUGCAAU